AUGAGCUACUACGGCAGUUUCUACGGAGGCCGGGGUUACGGCUAUGGAGGCUUUGGUGGCCUGGGCUAUGGCGCUGGCUAUGGGGGUUACGGAUACGGCUCUGGCUAUGGGGGUUACGGAUGUGGCUGCUGCCGCCCAUCCUGCUGUAGAGGAUACUGGUUUUCUGGCUUCUACUGA